GAGCCACCUGCACAGUGGUGCCGUACACCAAAGCCGCCUAUUGCGCCUGCCCUCCUGGUUAUGGCAUGACCGCUGCUGGCUGCGUGCUCGGCGCCACCCCCACUGUCUCCUCUGCAAGCUUCACCUAUUACACGCUCCCAAGCUUCGGCAUAACACCCGCCGCCUACACCAUGCGCCUCGCCUACAAUGGCUGCACCAACCUCACAGCUGCCUCCGCGCCCAGCAUCCAGUCAUACUGCAAUGUGGAACGGGCGCCUGGAGGGGUGGGCGAUUGCACUGAGAUCCGCCAGUACUACCAGCCGGGGUGUGUUGGAGCGUACAGCCUGUUCCCUGUCACGCCAGGGACCGGCAUGAGCACUGGGACAACUAUCCCGGGUAUCCUUUCCGCUCCUUCGCCUGCUCUAUCACUGGUGGGUGUUCCUGUGUUGCUGGGUGUUCCUGUGUUGGUGGGUGUUCCUGUGUUGCUGGGUGUUCCUGUGUUGGUGGGUGUUCCUGUGCUGGUGAGUGCUCUUGUGUUGGCUGUCUCUCUCUUCCCCACCUCCCACGGCCCCACCUCCCACGGCCCCACCUCCCACGGCCCCACCUCCCACGGCCCCACCUCCCACGGCCCCACCUCCCAUGGCCCCACCUCCCCAUGGCCCCACCUCCCCAUGGCCCCACCUCCCCAUGGCCCCACCUCCCCAUGGCCCCACCUCCCACGUCCCCACCUCCCACGUCCCCAACCUCCCACUCCCCCCCCUCCCCAGGCCCCGCCACAUGUGGGAGCUGCCCUGCAGGAGCCACGUGCACUGUUGCUUUCGGCUACAUUCCAUACUGCAUCUGCCCUGCCGGCUAUGGCAUGA